GACAAUGUUGUAGUGUAUUUGCUAAUUUUUUUUAGAAGUCAGCCUCCUGGCUGUAAUGUUACUUUGGCUCCUUGCCGGAAGCCGUUGGUCACUGAAAAGAACAGCCUGAUGCAGAAGUAGCAGAGGAAGGCAUAUAUGUUUCCACUCUAGAAGAGCAACACCAUGGAAAAAAGAAUCAUUCCUGACCAAAUCAAAGACAAAUCACUUUCCCAAGACAAAAGUGUUGGGCCACUUCCUGCCAAAAGAAUACAUCCUACUUUUUCAAAGUUAAAGCUAUUUCUUGGGGCACUAGCAUUUUCCUUUUUUGCAAAAGGACUUUCUGGAAGCUAUGUAAAAAGCAUAUCAACUCAAAUUGAAAGGAGAUUUGAAAUCCCAUCAUCACUUCUUGGUAUUAUUGAUGGUAGCUUUGAGAUAGGUAACUUAAUGGUGAUGAUACUGGUGAGUUAUCUUGGACCAAAAGUUCACCGACCAAAAGUAAUUGCUGUUGGAUGUCUCAUCAUGUCACUUGGAACAUUUUUAUCAGUGAUGCCUCAUUUCCUAAUGGGACGUUAUAAUUAUGAAAGAAUAUCAGUUUCUAUCAACAACUCCUCAACAAGUGUAUCAGCAUGCUCCCCAACAUUAUCUUUGCAUCCUUCAGCUUCAGAUGAUAUGGAAGCAGCUGAAGAGCUGAAAGAUUCUGAAUGUGAGAAAACAGCAAAUUCCUAUCUGUGGAUGUUUGUACUCAUGGGAAAUCUAUUACGUGGAAUUGGGGAAGCACCAGUUAUACCACUGGGGAUUUCAUAUAUUGAUGAUUUUGCCAAAGAAGAAAACUCAGCAUUUUACAUAGGCAUGGUAAGAACAACUGGAAUGGUUGGACCUACCCUUGGCUAUCUGCUUGGAGCUUUCUGUGCCAGCCUGUGGGUUGACAUUGGAAGUGUGGAUCUGGAUAACAUAACCAUAAAUCCUAAGGAUACUCGUUGGGUUGGUGCCUGGUGGAUUGGAUUCUUAAUAUGUGGAAUAGUCAACUUUCUAUCUUCAUUGCCUUUCUGGUUCUUUUCUCAUUCCUUACCAAAAGAAGAAGAAAAAAGAAAUACAAAAGAGCUGAAUAUAUCAUCUGUAACUGCUCAAGUCGAUCACUCUGCAGUAGAGCCCCAAAGUCAACCAAAGUUAAAGUUCUCAAAGGCAGUAAAAGAUUUCCUACCAACUUUGAAGAAACUGCUGCGAAACCCAACCUUCCUGGUGUUCUUGCUCCUCACUAUUUUUCAGUACAAUUCUCUAGUUGCUUUGGGAACUUAUGAGCCAAAGUUUAUGGAACAGCAAUUCAAUGUAUCCUUGUCAAAUGCCAUCUUUCUAAUUGGUGUGAUACUUUUCCCCACUGCAAUUCUGGGGAUGUUUCUGGGAGGCUUUAUCACUAAGAAGUUCAAGUUGCUUGUAACAGGAAUGGCAAAGUUUUCAUGCAUCACUUUUAUUAUAUCAUAUCUUUUAAGCCUCCUGUACUUUAUGAGUGAUUGUGAGGUACUCCAGGUGGCUGGCUUAACAGUUUCCUACUCUGGAAUAAAACAAUCUGCCUCUCCAAAAGCAAGCUUAAUUGCCAGUUGCAAUUUUGACUGCAACUGUAUGUUGAAUCAAUGGGACCCUGUGUGUGGGGAUAAUGGAAUCACAUAUAUGACUGCCUGUUUUGCUGGGUGUAAAUCAUCAACUGGGUCUGGAAAGAAUAUGAUAUUUCACAACUGCAGCUGUAUGGAUAUUCAAAGCUCUGGGCUUAGCAAUUUCUCUGCAGUUUUGGGACAAUGCCAAAGGGAAAGCUGUACCAACAAAUUUCCCUACUUUUUAGUAUUACUGACUGCAUAUGCAUUUAUUUUGUCUGCAGUAAGCACGCCUACAUACGUCAUUAUAUUUAGAAUUGUUUCUCCAGACUUAAAAUCCUUUGCUGUCGGGACUGAAACUUUAAUCGGAAGGCUACUUGGUGGACUUCCAGCUCCUAUUUAUUUUGGUGCACUGAUAGAUCAGACAUGUUUGAAAUGGGGAACCAAGAGCUGUGGAGGAUCGGGGUCUUGCAGAGUAUAUGAUACAAAAGCAUUCAGAAAUGUCUAUCUUGGAUUCAUUUCUGGACUAAGGACAGCAUGCUGUUUUCUAUAUAUAGUGCUCUUCAUUUUAAUAAAGAAACAAUUUGGACCAGAUAGCAAGGAUGUGAAAAAUACAGAUGUACCAUAUGAGAAGGAGUCAGCUAGUGUUUGUACAAAGGAAACUUUUCCUUCUGCAAAAACUGUAGCGGAUCAUGAAGUAACAUGCAUGUGAAAGGGACAAAGGCAGUUUCUAACUGUAUGUUCAUGUUCAGGUUUUAUAAGCACAAUGUGGGGGUAAAUACUGAAAUCAAAGAUGGUUAAAAUUUUUAGAAUUUUGAGAAUAAAUGAC